AUGAGCAUCAUCCCCACCUCAACCACUUCUGCCCUCUCAUCCUCUACAAUGACCGUCGCCACCGUCGCCGCUACCCAGCCCGCCAAGCUCCGCAUCGCCGUGUUUGGUGUUGGACGCAUGGGUCUUCGUCACGCCCGCAACGUCGCGUACAAGACCCCCCGCGCCGAGCUCGUCGCCGUCGUCGACCCCCAGAAGGCUGCCCUCAACGCCGCCAAGGCCGAGCUUCCCCCUACCACCCUCCUGGUCACCGACCCCGACGUGGUGUUCAACUCUCCCGACGUUGACGCUGUCCUCAUCGCCUCGGAGACCAGCACCCACGCCGACCUCGCCGUCAGGGCCAUUGCCGCCGGCAAGCACGUCCUCCUCGAGAAGCCCAUCUCGAUCGAUGUCGAGAAGUCGCGUCCUGUCGUUGAGGCCGCCGCCGCCAACCCCAACAUCAAGGUCAUGAUUGGUUUCUCCCGUCGUUUCGACGAGUCGUACAACGAGGCCAAGGAGCGCAUCGACAAGGGACUGCUCGGCAAGGCCUACAUGAUCAAGAGCGCCACCAACGACAUGUACGACUCUUCGGGCUUCUUCGUCGCCUACUCCAAGGCCUCGGGUGGCAUCUACAUUGACUGCGGUAUCCACGACAUUGACAUUGCCCGCUGGCUGCUGGACACUGCCAACCCUGCCAACCUGGCCAACCCCAAGAAGGAGGUGACCCGCGUCUUCGCGUCGGGCCUGAACGUGCGCCACCCCGAGCUUGCCAACGACGGCGACUGCGACAACGCGCUGGGCAUUAUCGAGUUUGCGAACGGCAGCAGCGUCUCGAUCCACCUCAGCCGCACGGCCAUGCACGGCCACGACUGCUUCACCGAGGUGUUCGGCACCGAGGCCAAGCUCAUCAUCAACAACAACCCCCAGCUCAACCGCCUCGAGAUCCGCGACGAGCACGGUGUGCGCGCCGAGAGCACCCCCACCUACUACGAGCGUUUCCGCGAGGCCUUUGUCACCGAGGUCAACACUUUCGCCUCGGUCGUCCUCGACGACAAGCCCGUGCCCACCACGGCCGUGGACGCGCUCCAGGCUGCGCAGAUUGCCGUCGCCCUCACCCACUCGUUCCGCCAGGGCAAGCCUGUUCUCUUCGGCGAGGACGGCGAGCCCAUCCUCGACUAG